AAUCUUCAAUUCCUUGAAUUCCACAAUCCCACCUGACCACUCGAAGAAGCUCUUCUGUUCCAUUUUCUCUCUGUGAGAGAGAGAGAGCAAUGGAGAGAGAAGUGGUAGUUGUGGAAUGUGAGAUGGAUCGGCAACCCGGAAUCCCUGACUCGGUCGCCACUCGGUCGGACGACGUCGCUUUGGUGGUGUUUGAUUCCGCCGCUCCUCCUCCUCCUCCUCCUCCUCCAAUCCCACCUUCAGGGGACAAGGGAACUCUGAAACUUGCUUACAAGACAUUAGGAGUUGUUUUUGGAGGGCUUGUGACUUCCCCACUGUAUGUUUAUCCUUCAAUGCGACUGAAAUCUCCAACUGAAGAUGAUUACUUGGGUAUCUACAGCAUCAUGUUUUGGACCCUCAGUCUAAUUGGGGUUGUCAAGUAUGCUUGCAUAGCUCUCAGGGCCGAUGAUCAGGGUGAAGGUGGAACAUUUGCUUUGUAUUCAUUACUUUGUAGGAAUUUGGAUAUUGGAAUUCUUUCUUCCAAAUGUGUAGCUUUGAACUCAAGCUCUGAAAAGCGAAGUAGGCUGGGUAUUUUUUUCGAAAAAAGUGUGGUCGCGAGAAGAGUAUUGCUUUUCAUUGCAAUGCUAGGUAUGUGCAUGCUAAUCAGUGAUGGGAUACUUACACCUGCAAUCUCAGUGUUAUCAGCAAUGGACGGCAUAAGAGCACCUUUUCCUUCUGUCAGCAAAUCCUUAGUUGAAGUCCUGUCUGCAGUAGUUCUUAUUGUUCUGUUCCUGGUGCAGAAGUACGGUACCUCACGAGUGAGUUUCAUUUUCUCUCCCAUUAUGGGUGCUUGGACCGUCACGACUCCUCUUAUAGGAAUUUAUAGCAUUAUUCGUCAUUAUCCGAGCAUAUUCAAGGCAAUAUCACCACACUACAUCGUCAGUUUUUUUUUGAGAAAUGGAAAGGAAGGCUGGCUAUUGCUUGGUGGUACCGUCCUUUGCAUCACCGGUUCGGAAGCAUUGUUUGCUGAUCUUGGUCAUUUCAAUCGCAAAUCCAUUCAGCUAGCCUUUCUAUUUACUAUAUACCCAUCGUUGGUUCUGACAUAUGCGGGACAAACAGCAUACCUGAUCAAAAACCCAAAUGAUCACGAUGACGGGUUCUACAAGUUUAUACCAAAAACAAUUUACUGGCCUAUGUUCAUCAUAGCCACGUUGGCAGCAAUUGUUGCGAGUCAGUCACUGAUAUCAGCCACCUUUUCCAUUAUCAAGCAAUCAGUCACACUGGAUUAUUUCCCUCGAGUCAAGGUGGUGCACACAUCCUCCAAGAAAGAAGGCGAGGUUUACUGUCCGGAAAUCAAUUACAUCCUCAUGAUACUUUGUGUUGCUGUCAUUCUCAUUUUUGGUGAUGGAAAGGAUAUCGGAAAUGCUUUUGGUGUUGUUGUUAGCCUUGUUAUGCUCAUCACCACAAUACUAUUGACAUUAGUCAUGAUCAUGAUUUGGCGAACUCCACCGGCGUUGGUUGCUCUUUACUUUGUCGUAUAUUUUGUGAUGGAAGGCGUUUACGUGAGUGCAGUUUCCACAAAAAUCCUACAAGGUGGAUGGAUUCCAUUUGCCAUUUCUUUCAUCCUUGCUUUCAUCAUGUUCGGUUGGUUCCAUGGAAGGCACAGAAAGAUCCAGUAUGAGCUAUCCCACAAGAUAGACAGAGACCAACUAAGAAUGCUAUUAUCUGAUCCCAUAGUCCAAAGAGUUCCCGGAGUUUGCUUGUUCUACACCAGCAUUCAAGACGGUGUGACCCCAAUUCUCGGGCAUUACAUAAAGAACAUGAAAUCUCUUCACAAGGUUACUAUUUUCACAACCUUUCGAUGCUUGUUGGUUCCCAGAGUUGCGCCACACAAAAGAAUUGUUGUCAGCAAACUAGGCCUUAAAGGGGUAUACAGAUGUGUGGUUCAAUAUGGUUAUGCUAAUUCUCUUGAUCUUGAAGGAGACGAUUUUGUGAGUCACGUUAUUGAUAGAUUGCGGGCACAUAUACAAAACGGCUCUGACUAUGCAACAUCAGUUACUUCUGAGCUUGAGGAAGAGAUGUCUGAUAUGGAAGAGGCAAAGCUCUCUGGCGCGGUUCAUGUUCAGGGAAAGACAAGGUUUUAUGUAAGUAAAAAUUGUGGUUGGUUUGAUGGGUAUAUGCUUGCAUUCUAUGAAGUUCUGCAUAGGAAUUGUAGGUCAGCAUUGCCUGCUAUGGGGGUGCCGCUAUUGCAGCGUGUUGAGGUUGGAAUGCUCUAUGAGGUUUGAGAGAGAGAGAGAGAGAGAGAGGAGUAUAAAAGCCAAGGUAAUGUUUUAGGCAGUGAAAAUGAGAAUGCAAUGUGGCUUGAUUGAGAGAGAUUAGUAUAAAAGCCAAAGUAACGUUAAGGUUUAGGUAGUGGCAAUUAGAAUGUAAUGUGGGUAUAAUUUAUAUAUGUAUUUCGGAUUUUGAGGGGAGAGAUAAAAUGUAUCAUAAAAGAAUAUAUAAAUGUAACAAGAAAUAGUGGAUUGUGGUUCAGAAGAAAAGGAUCAAUUUAUAAUUACAAGAAAUUAUUUCUCAA